GUCCGUCCGGGCUCCCGGGCUCCCGGUUCCCGCGUCCCGGUUCCCGCGUCCCCGGCCGGAAGCGUCGGUUGCGGGGCGGAAGCGGGCGGCGCCGUCGCCGGCGCGGGGGCGGCCAUGGCGGAGGCGGCGGAGGCGGCGGAGGCCUCCUGGGCCGAGGCGCUGCGCGGCGACGGGGAGACGGACAAGCAGUGGCGCCACCGACGCCUGUUCCUCCUCCGCAACGCCGGGGAGCUGCGCCCGGACGGCGCCCCCGCCCCCGACCCCGACCCCGACCGCGCCCCCGACCCCGGGCCCCGCCGCCAGCCGCGCCUGCAGCGCCUCGUCUCCUACUCCCUGGCCUGGGCCAACCACGUCUUCCUCGGGUGCCGGUACCCGCAGAGCGUCAUGGAUAAAAUACUGACGAUGGCCGAAGGCAUCCGAGUGACGGACGCCCCGAUCCGCGCCCCCCGAGACGAGCCGGUCGCCAAGGUGAAGAAAAGAGAGCUAUCGAGUAGCCACGAAGGGCUAGAGGAGCCCUGCAGGAAGCGAGCCUCGACGGAGGGCCGGAGGGACCCCCCGGCCGGAGGGACGGACGCCCCCGCCCCGCGGGCCGGGGCCCCCGGGCGCCCCGACGGAGCGGAGAGGAGCGGGGCGGCGAGCCCGGACGCGGCCGAGCCCCCGCCGCCCCCGCCGGGCGAACCGCCGGGCCCGGCCGAGGUGCGGGUGCCGCUGCUGGGCUCCCCGGACGCCUCGGACGCGGAGCCGCCCCCGCCGGACCCCGGGCCCGGGCCCGGCCCCGCCCCGGAGGCCCCCGGAGCGAGGCCGGAGGAGGCGUCCCGGCUCCCGGCCGAGCCCCCCGGCCCCGCGGCCCCGGCCAGGAGCGCCGCCGGCGAGGGGGCCGCCCGCCUCUCCCGCAGGCUGACGCACGAGGACGUGAAGCAGAAGCAGCCCUUCUUCAACCGGCUCUACAAGACCGUGGCCUGGAAGCUGGUGGCCGCCGGCGGCUUCAGCGCCGCCGUCAACCACGGCGAGCUCCUCGCCGCGGCCGUGGAGGCGCUGAAGGCCACGCUGGACGUGGCCUUCGUCCCCCUGAAGGAGCUGGCCGACCUGCCGCAGAGCAAGAGCUCGCAGGAGAGCGUGGUGUGCGAGCUGCGCUGCAAGUCGGUCUACCUGGGCACGGGCUGCGGCAAGAGCCGCGAGAACGCCCGCGCCGUGGCCUCGCGCGAGGCCCUCAAGCUCUUCCUCAAGAAGAAGGUGGUCGUCCGCAUCUGCAAGCGCAAGUACCGGGGCGGCGAGAUCGAGGACCUGGUGCUCCUGGACGAGGAGGCGCGGCCCGGCGCCCUCCCCCCGGCCCUCGCCCACCCGCAGGAGCUGCCCUGAGGGCCGGGGGCCGGGGACGGGGCGCGGCGGGGGGCCCCCCGGGCGUCCGGGGCCGAGACCGGCGGGGGAGCCGGCCGGCGGGACCGUUCUCACCGAGAGCCCUACGCGGUUUUUAAACCCGCGAGAGAGUCGGGGGCCUUUGACGUUCUCCCGCCCUCGCCCCGGCCGUCGAGCCUUCGGCCCCCGGGCGGACCGGCUCCCGUUUCGAGGGGAGAGGCGGCGGACGCCGGUCGGGUUGUCUCCGCUUUCGUUUCGGGCGGGGUUUUUUUUGGUUUUUUUUUUUGUUUUUUUUUUCCUAAAUAAACGCGGAUUUCUACAGUAAGCCUAUUUUGUGACUGCCGCGGUCAAAGACCCGGGUCUGUUCAGCUAUUAAACGCUCGGAGCUGUUUUACCUUUUCAAGGA